UACUGCUUUGAAUCGCAUUCCGACACCCAGGAAUACAUCGUCCGAUUUUAUUAUUGGUGGGCUCUUCAUGUAGCAGAUCACGCUAUUUUAAUCAUUGCUAUCUGCACGACUCUGAGUUUGCUGGGCACCGCCAAGAUCGCUAACACUCCGAACGAAAAUGACAUUACGGGAUACACUCCCUAUGGAGCGCGGGCACGUGGAGAACUUGAUGUCGCAACUGAGUUCUUGUCCCGCGGUGGUAACGGCAUUACUGUUUUAGUGCUUAUUCUUCCGAGGGAUGGGGGAAAUGCUCUCCGGCUGGAUGUGUUGAAGGAGGCACUCAAGGUGGAGCACAUCCUGUCGACCAAUUUCACCAUGCUGAAUCCGCGGACGAACAAAAGCGAAUCGUAUCGCGAGUUCUGCUUCAGCUUCUGCCAAAUAAAUCAGCCGUUCGUGCAGUUUGCGGUUAGCUCCUGCUUGACUUUAUUUAUUUAUUCAGGCAGCUCGUCACCUGAAAAAAUCCAGCUGUCCUAUCCCGUAAGUACAUUCUACAACCAGCGGGUUAAUAUCCAGGUGAGCCAUUUUAUAUACUGUUUGUCGGACACUAUGCUCGCUCUCCAGUUGCGUGGUGAGAGAAAAGAAGGUUGGACUACUCAGUGUAUUAAAGAUUUUGAGCUGAGUAUCACACGUUACUUUGAAAGGGAAUUCAACUCACCUACAAUCCGAGUUCUCACACUCUCCACAUCAUAUGUAGAAGCUGAGGUUGUUCGUGCCGGUAUGAGUCUUCUUCCAUUUCUCGUCGUCGGUUUCGUCAUUAUGGCAUGUGUUUCAUCGUUAACAACUUUUCUAUGCGCAUUUUUCAUGGAUCAGGCCAAUAUCCAUAAGCUCUAUUUGGCAAUUACGGCUUGUAUCUGUCCGUUUAUGGCAUGUGGCACCGCUCUUGGAGGGUUGUUCUUCCUCGGGCUUCGCUUCGGAUCCAUCCUCUGUGUGACUCCUUUUCUUGUUUUAGCAAUAGGAGUGGACGAUGCAUAUUUGAUGAUUCACUCAUGGCAAAGAGUCACUAAGGAACUGAGACAGAAUCCGGUAAAAGAGGAUUCCAGUUCCGCUGCUCUUCAGGUGCUCUCUGAGACUGGGCCAGCGAUAAUGAUCAGUGCGUUGACGAAUAUCUCUGCAGAUGCCGUCGGAGCAUUCACCAGCUCUCCAGAGAUCACGUUGUUAUGCUACGGAAAUGCUGCCAGCAUAUUCGUUGACUUCAUAUAUCAGAUCACAUUCUACAGUGCAGUGAUGGUUCUCGCUGGGCAUUUCGAGCUAGAGAAGGAACACAAAAACAGUCUUACCCAGAAGAUCGAGUGCAGAAGCGACAGAUCCGUUGAUAGCAUGGAGAAGAAAUCGGUCCUGUCGCUUCAGGAUAGACUCUCCAGUCAACUGUCGACAUUCCUGGACCAGUACGUGGAGAUGGUGACUAACAAAACUUUCUAUUUGACGGUCAUUUUUGUGUGGAUCGCUUUCCUUGGGAUUUCUAUCAAGAUCAGUACAAGUAUCAUGCAAAUGCCGAUCAAUCUUACGCCUAGAAAGCUUUUCUCCAAUGAUUCGCCACUACGAGAGAUGGAUCAUCUGCGAGUUUCUUUCGUCAUCCCUGAAUUUACAUAUGCCACUUUGUUUGUCAAUAAACCUGGAAACCUAUCGGAUCAAUCUCGACUGGAAAGGUUAAACUCGUUUGUGACCGAGUUAGAGUCAUUACCGGGGUCUUGGGGGAAACAGAGCACGAACUACUUCAUUCGAGACUUCGCCGAUUACGAAAAAGGCAUGAGCGAACUUGAAACUGAAGAGGGUACAUUGGCUAGAGGAAAUCCUUCAGAUCCGCACACUCUGAACUUCAACGACCUCCCUUCGUUCCUAGAAUGGCCUGAAUAUAAGUACUGGCGAGGCUUCCUGCACUUCAGUGCAUUAGAGAAGUUCUUCCUCACAACGGCUUACCAUGGAGACGACCUUAAGGAUUGGAGAAAUCGCGACAUGAUGUUGAAACGAUGGCGUUCAAUAGUGGAUCGUUAUGCACCCGAAUUCAAUACUACUGUUUACUACGACGAUGGUAUCUAUUUGGAUUUAAUGGAAAAUAUGCCGACUGACACCUGGCAGUCAUGUGUAGCGACGAUCUGUUGCAUGGCGAUUGUGUGUUUCAUCUUCAUGUGCGAUUUCUUCACUGUGGUGAUCACAAUUGGCGUAAUCACAAGUAUAAUGGCAGGUAUUCUUGGUAUCCUCUCAUGGACGGGCACGGAACUUGAUCCGAUUGUUAUGGCUGCUCUAAUCAUAUCUAUAGGAUUUUCCGUAGAUAUUCCAGCUCACGUAACGUUCCACUAUCACAAAUACCAUCUUUGCCCACCGACUACCACCAAAAGUCGCUUGCGCUUCUGUCUCUCCUCUGUGGGGCUUCCAGCUCUCCAGGCCUCCCUCAGCACGAGUCUCUGUGUUCUCUCCCUACUCAUGGUUACCAUAUACAUGUCUCAGGCAUUCGUGAAAACGAUGAUCUUGUGCGUGGUCUUGUGUGUAAUCCAUGGUUUGCUAUUCAUUCCAUGUCUAAUCAGUAAUCAAAAUUUUACAUCACCUAUCCCUUGUCACCUGUCGCUCUAUUUGUUGCCGAGUGACUCGAGGAAGCGUCGGUAA